AUGUCGUUCCCCGAGAAGUGGAACGCAUCUCGUAAGUUUAGUUUCCCCUUGAACGCCAUUUUACCUUCAUCCCCUCUCUUUUUACUGGUAUUUGUGGUGGUGCAGCCGUUACUCGAGUCCCAAACGCGAUCCCUCGGCUCAAGGAGUGGAUCGAGGGCAUUUUUUCAUAGAUGCCUUAUUCCGAGCGCUUAUGGCGCAAACUCUCGAGGGGCCGUUGGGAGGCCCGUUUUUACGACCAUUGAGCUUUGGCCUUUAGUAGGGGACGAGGAUCCGUCCGUUGACCCCUCCGCUUUGGGGCAGCUCGAGGCUGCAGUAGAAGAAAAGAAGAAAAGAAGAAAAGGAAAGGCUCCGGGAUCCUCGAGCUCAGAGAAGAAGAAGCCAAAGGAUGAUCCCAAAAAAGAUGAUUUUUUUGUGGCCCACGGGACAACAACCCCCGAGGAGCGAGAAGCCGUUAAAGAGGAGAUCCAUGAGGCUGAUCGCCCUAAGGCCCGGGGGGUCGAUGAGGAGACCGAGGCCGAGACUUCUCGAGAUGCCAGCCACACCCCAAAGGAGGAACUCGGUAUAAUAGAGAUUUCAGGGCUAGGCGACCUGGAGGUGCCGAGAAAGGGGUCGUCUUCAGAAGUGAAAGGGGUCGUCUUCAGAAGUCGGUGGGCUGAAUUCGAGCCCGAAGUUAGUCAACCAAUUCCCUACCCCGAGCGUGGAUCCCGGCCGCAAGAGGUCUAUAGUCACUUUCGAUGCCUGGUGACCAAAGAAGACCAGACGAAUAUGAACGAGGUGGAUGUACCGUGCAUGUUCAACGAGGCACAUCAGGCACUAAAUCAGGUUAACCAGCUCGCCGAGAUCAAGGAGUUUGCUGAGAAAAGAGACACUUAUAAGCUUCUCAGCGAGCAACACGGAGGGGUCGUCAAGAAUCUCCAGACCAAGCUGGAUGCGGCUCAGAAGGAGCAUGCCGACUUAGUCGGAAAGGUAAAGGUUUUCAAAGUUAGCAAUGAGGACUUAGCCAUGGUAACUAACGACCAAACCUCGCAGGUUCAGCAGAAGAUUGACCGGAUCGACCAACUCCGAGCUGAAAUGAACGAGGUCCAAGUCAUGGCCGAUGUUUGGAAGGGCAAAAUGGACCGACUGGCUUUGGAGAAGGAGACCGCUCAAACUCAGCUGGCAUCGGUAGAAGUUCAACUCCAAGUGACAAAAGAGAAGGCCGAUAAGCGAGCCCGGCUGAACGAGGAACUCCGAGCUCAACUGAACUCAGCCCUAGUAGAGCGGGAUGCCCUCGGCAGUGAAUAUGAAUCUGUAAAGGCUCAGAUGCGCACAACCUCCACCGAUGCUGAAGAGAUGGUAGCCCAGUAUGGGGGCAAUGUCGAGGCAUCCGAGGCCCGUCUGAAAACCACUGUUGAGUGCAUCGACCUAUCUGCCGAGAUCGAGGAGGCGAAAAGGCUUGAGGUCAAGGCCAAGAAGCUGGCUGAUCCCGAGGAUGAAGAAGGCUCUAAGGGCUCCGACAUACAUGAAGGUGAAGAAGGACUCGACGACUCUGGUAACGAGGCGGGUUCUGAUGAAGAUCGGGCGUAG